GAGUAUUUUAUAUUAACAUAUUUUUUUGAAGGUUUUUGCUUCCUGUUUUCUCUAUCAAUUGUUGUUUGUUUUUAGUGCUAUUAUGUGAUUUGAAGGAGAGUUUAAAGUGGGUUAGUUUUGGAAUUCGGUGACAGAACCUAGGUCACCGUGCCUGUGCUUUUUUCCUGUUUUCCCUCCCUUGGAUUCCGCUAGUAGUGUUUCUGUGCAGGAGAACAAAUAAAGUUGGCAGCUUUAUUGGAAUCUGAUGAAAUUUGGCACUACCCUUUGAUUGUUCCUGCUAGUUUUUAAGCUUGGUCGAUUCUGGGCAUGAGUAUAUCACUCGAAAGUUUCAAUUUUGGGAGGCUUCUAGUUCUGGUUGCUCCACUUGGGCUUUGUUGGCCUUGAUUUCAAUUCUUAAUUGCCUUCUCAACGCUUUGGAGGAACUCAAGUUCAAGCUUACUACUUUUCUCUCUUGUUUUGGGUUCGAGUGUUGCCUUUCUUUCCUUCUUUUUUCCUUUCUAUGUUGUUUUACAUGCAGUAAAGUUUGUUUAUUUUCUUGGAUCUGCUUAAGCCUAGGUUUUAGGGCAGUUUAUUCAAGCUGUGUUUAAUUGAGCUUGGUACUAGAUUAGUGAAUUUUGGGUUCUGCUAGUACUAGGUUGUUCAGCUGGUAUUUGAGGGAUUUAAGUUCUAAGAAUUAUGUGUGUCUUCUGUCUUAGUUUUGAGGUUUGGCUUGAACUUAGGGUGAAUUUAUUUUCUUAUAGCUCUUAUGCUUUGCCUGGUUCUCAGUUACUGUGCGCUAUCAUCUAUCUCUUCUGUCUUAGUUUUGAAGUUUGGGUUGAACUUAGGGUGAAUCAAUUUUCUUAUAGCUCUUGUGCUUUGCCAGGUUCUCAGUUAUUGUGGUAUCAUCAUGGAUUCCCCACAAUCAGUUGUCUCACCCUUCAGGAGCUCGGUCUUGGGUGAGGGUGAGAAGCACAAGUCUGAUGUUUUCACACAAAGCUUUAUUCCCUUCUCUAAGGACAUUGAAGUCAAUGGGAAGGAAGCUGUCAUGUCAAAUGUGGAGGAGUUCAUUGGAGUACUUGAUGUUUACAUACAUCAAGCCAGGGACAUUCAUAACAUCUGCAUAUACCACAAGCAAGAUGUUUAUGCUAAGAUUUGCCUAACUAGUAAUCCUGAAAAUACUGUGUCUACCAAGACUAUCAAUGGAGGAGGAAGGAACCCUGUCUUUAAUGAGAAUCUUUGUCUCAAUGUUUGGACCGUUGAUUCUUCUCUCAAAUGUGAGAUAUGGAUGCUGAGCAGAGUGAAGAAUUAUCUUGAAGACCAGUUGCUUGGUUUUGUUCAGUUGUCUCUUUCUUACACUGGUGCUUCUCCUGAUGUUAUGGCAAUUUCUGCAAUGCCUACAAAGGUUCCCACACAUGUCACUGUGCAAGAUUCAGAAACACCUGAGUCACUGGCUAGGGACUUAGAUAAAAUUGAGUUCCCGGAUCCUAAGAUUGAAAAUGAAGACCACUUGAUGGCUUCAGAAUAUUUUGGCAUUCCAUAUGAGGAGACUCAGUGUUCUGAUAACUUGGCUACUUCUGAUGCUGAAAAUCAUAGUUCUGAAGCUGGUGUUCGUCUUGUGGAAAGCUUCUCAGCAUGCAGUGUUGAGUCUGUUCAACCUCCUAAGGUUGAUUCUCCACCUAGCAGUGUAUCAACAAAUGGGGUUUCUUCUCAUUCUGUGGCUGCAAGCUCAGAAUCAUCUGAUGAUGUUGCUGUUUCUAAGCCUCCCAGUCAGGAACAAGUUUCAGGCGCUAAAGAGGAAAAAAAUGUGGAUGUUAAAGAUGGUGAGAGUGAUUCCUCAAGUGGGGUUCCCAGUGAACUAUUCCCUAAGCCUGUUAUUACUGUGAACAUUGAGCCAGAGCCAAAGGUGGUGCAGCAGGAGAUAGUAGACAUGUACAUGAAAAGCAUGCAGCAAUUUACUGAGUCAUUAGCAAAAAUGAAGCUUCCUAUGGACAUUGAAAGUGAACCAACUAGUUCAGGAAAUUCAACCACAGAGCAGAAACUACAGCCAUCAAAGAACAGUAGCUCCCGUGUGUUUUAUGGGAGCAGGGCUUUCUUUUGAGCUUUUGCUUCCCUGGUUCAAGGGAAUACAGGCCAAGUGACUGUAGAUUUUAGAACGAAAACUGAUAUUAGUAGUGAACUGAAAUAAUGUAUUAUCUAGUGUGGUUUCUCCUUUUGUACUUCCUUCAGAUGUUGUAGUUUACAGGGGAUAUAACUUCGUACUCUCACAAGCUUGUUGCUAUCUUAACUACUACCUGAACUUUU